AUGUAUUUACCGGUAUGUCGAAAACAGUUUUUAAGAACUGUAAGAAAUGCGGAUUGUUUACGCAAAUCCGGCCUAUCUAUAUGGUCUCGACUCGCAGAAGCCUUCAAUUCCAGACCUUUGCAUAAAUUGAACUAUCGUCGAGAAAACGUAGGCCUAUUUGGCGUUCCCGACCUAACAUCCGCCGAAGGAUUUAACGUUAUAGAAAACAAAUGUAUUGAUAACACGAAUAGCCUCAUAAGCGAGGCUCUGAGCAAUGAGAACGGCGACAGAAUGGUGGAGAUAUUCGAUAACAUGUCCGAUUCGUUGUGUCAAGUCGCAGAUUUAGCGGAAUUCAUCAGGCUUGCCCAUCCCGAUCAGAAUUACAGGCGAGCAGCGGAGGCGGCCUGUUGCGCUGUGAGCGGCGUAGUAGAAAAACUCAACACUAAUUUAUCUCUGUACACGGCGCUCAAAAAUGCCGUGACCAGUUUACAAAACGAGGGACACACCAAGACAGAAAAACACGUCGGGGAAUUGUUCCUUUUCGACUUCGAGCAAUGCGGCAUUCACUUACCCAAAGACGACAGGAAUAGAGUAGUGGCUCUAACUGACGAGAUUCUUAGCUUAGGACAACAAUUUGUAGCGAAUUCCUCGACGCCCAGACUGAUUAAUAAAUAUAAUUUACCUACAAACGUGAGAAAUAUUUUAAAUAGCGACGGAGAUACUAUCGUGGUAUCGGGACUUUACACUGAUUCGGUCGAUCCCAUCGCAAGAGAAAUGGCUUACAAGAUAUUUCUACAUCCGGAUCCCCAGCAGGAGUACAUCCUUAACAAAAUGCUAUCGAGCAGAUACGAGUUGGCGAAGUUAUGCGGCUUCUCGACAUUCAGCCAUCGGGCUUUGAAGGGCUCAAUUUGCAAAUACCCAGAACAAGUUAUGACAUUUCUUACGAAAUUAUCUCGAGACAUUUGGGAUAAAUCGAACAAAGACUUCGAAUGCAUGAACAAAAUGAAAGCAUCGGAGAAUAAAAGCAAUGGUCCAGUUAUGCCUUGGGACGUCCCUUACUUCACUCAUAAAGCGAAAAAAGAUUGGUUUAGGGUCUCUACUAAAGAGUAUUCGCCUUAUUUCUCGCUAGGAGCUUGCAUGGAUGGCCUUAGCACAGUGUUUAAUGCGUUGUAUGGAGUACAGUUGAUUAAUUCAGAUAUUUCUGCUGGUGAAACUUGGUCUCCAGACGUUUAUAAACUCUCAGUGAUACAUGAAUCUGAAGGCCUCCUCGGCCACAUAUACUGUGAUUUCUACGAGCGCUCCGAAAAACCGAAUCAAGAUUGCCACUUCACGAUUAGAGGUGGACGGUACUUAUCGAAUGGUACCUACCAACAGCCGAUUGUAGUGCUCAUGCUGAACCUGCCGACUCCUCGCUGGUCGAGUCCCUCUCUAUUGAGUCCGAGUAUGGUGGAUAAUCUGUUUCACGAAAUGGGGCAUGCCAUGCAUUCCAUGCUGGCCCGAACGAAGUACCAACACGUGAGCGGUACUAGAUGCAGCACGGAUUUCGCCGAGGUACCGUCGAUACUGAUGGAGUACUUCGCUUCGGAUCGUAGGGUGCUUAAGAAAUUCGCCAGGCAUUUUCAGACUCAACAGCCCAUGUCUGAGGAUAUGUUGCACAGGUUGUGUGCUUCGAAAAGAUUGUUUACGGCCAGCGAAACUCAAUUACAGAUAUUUUACGCUGUUAUUGAUCAGAAAUAUCAUGGGAUGCAUCCUCUUAGUGGAACGACUACAGAGGUGCUUGCUAAUACACAAAAAGACUUUUACUGUUUGCCGUAUGUACCGAAUACGGCUUGGCAACUGAGAUUCAGUCAUCUUGUGGGAUACGGAGCUAAAUACUAUUCGUAUUUAGUGUCUCGAGCGUUGGCCUAUUCCAUUUGGAAGCAAUAUUUUGAACGUGACCCCUUUAGCAGAGAAAAUGGUCAGAAGUACAGGGAGGAAUGCCUCAGCCAUGGCGGUGGAAAGCAUCCCCGGGAUUUAGUCGGUGAGUUUUUAAAAGUUGAUCCGAAACCAGACGUCCUGGCCGAUUUUUUGCUCAACGAAAUAGAUUUUCACCAAAGUCAGGUCGAUGUAGUAUUGGGAAAAAAUAAAUAA